GAUAUCAACCAGAAGCUGCAAGAAGAUAACCAAGAACUGAGAGACCUUUGCUGCUUUCUGGAUGAUGACAGACAGAAAGGCAAGAAGGUGUCCCGCGAGUGGCAGAGACUGGGCAGAUACAGUGCUAGUGUCAUGCACAAAGAGGUUGCCUUGUACUUGCAGAAGCUGAAAGAGCUGGAAGUGAGACAAGAAGAAGUGGUUAAGGAAAACCUGGAGCUGAAAGAAUUGUGCGUGUUGCUGGAUGAGGAGAAGAGUGGUGGAGCAGGCAGCCGGAGCUCUAUCGACAGCCAGAUCAGCCUGUGCCAGUUAACUGCGACGAGUGCUUACAUAAGAGAUGUCGGUGAUGGGAGUAGUACUUCUAGCACGGGCAGUACAGACAGUCCAGACCAUCAUAAACAUCACCCAAGUACUAGUCCAGAACAUCUUCAAAAAACUCGGGGUGAGGGAAGCCCCGAGCAUCAGAAACACAGGAGUAUCAGCCCAGAGCACCUGCAGAAACCCCGGGCUUCUGGCAGUCCUGAUCAUCACCUGAAAGGACCGAGUCCGGAACAUCACAAAACCGUUGUCAAAGCACCCGAACAACAAAAGCACAGCAGCAGCAGUCCAGAAACUAUCCCAAAGCAUGUUUUGAGUAGUAGCCCUGAACACUUUCAAAAACAGAGGCCUGGUAGUAGCCCUGAGCAUCAGAAGCAUGGCAGCGGCAGCCCGGAUCAUCUGCAGAAGCACACGCCGAGCGGAAGUACAGAACACCUCCACAAAGUGAGGGGUACGAGCCCUGAGCAUCUCAAACAACACUAUGGAGGGAGCCCCGAGCAUCUCAAACAUCUCAGUGGAGGCAGCAGAGAAGGUACCCUCAGGAGACAAGUAACAGAUGACCUGUCACCUCACCACAGAAGUAUAUACAAUGGAAUGAAUG